CGCCGGCGCAGCCGCCCCCGCUCCCGCUCCGCCGCGGCCCCCGCCGCUCCCCGCCCGCCCCGGCCCCGCCCGCUGCGCCGGAGCUCCGCGCGCAGCCCAUGCGAGCGCCCCGAGGCCCCCGCAGCGCGCAGCGACCCCCGGCCGGGCCAGGCAUGUGAAGAUGUCAGUGGGCUGUGCAUGCCCUGGCUGUUCCUCUAAGUCAUUCAAGCUGUACUCGCCAAAGGAGCCCCCAAACGGCAACGCCUUCCCCCCUUUCCACCCAGGCACCAUGCUGGAUCGAGAUGUGGGACCUACUCCCAUGUACCCACCAACGUACCUGGAGCCUGGAAUCGGGAGGCACACGCCGUAUGGGAAUCAGACUGACUACCGGAUAUUUGAGCUCAACAAGCGGCUGCAGAACUGGACAGAGGAAUGUGACAAUCUGUGGUGGGACGCCUUCACCACGGAGUUCUUUGAGGAUGACGCCAUGUUAACAAUCACUUUCUGCUUGGAGGAUGGACCAAAGAGAUACACGAUCGGCCGGACUCUGAUUCCCCGUUACUUUCGCAGUAUCUUUGAAGGGGGGGCCACAGAGCUCUACUACGUGCUCAAGCAUCCUAAGGAGUCCUUCCACAACAACUUUGUCUCGCUGGACUGUGACCAGUGCACCAUGGUCACCCAGCACGGCAAGCCCAUGUUCACCCAGGUGUAUGUGGAGGGGCGGCUCUACCUGGAGUUCAUGUUUGAUGACAUGAUGAGGAUAAAGACGUGGCAUUUCAGCAUCCGCCAGCAUCGAGAGCUCAUCCCCCGCAGCAUCCUUGCCAUGCAUGCACAGGACCCCCAGAUGCUGGACCAGUUAUCCAAGAACAUCACCCGCUGUGGGCUCUCAAACUCCACACUCAACUACCUCCGACUCUGUGUAAUCCUAGAACCAAUGCAGGAGCUCAUGUCACGGCACAAGACCUACAGCCUCAGUCCCCGGGACUGCCUGAAGACUUGCCUCUUCCAGAAGUGGCAGCGGAUGGUUGCUCCACCUGCGGAGCCAGCGCGGCAGCAGCCAAGCAAGCGCCGGAAAAGGAAGAUGUCGGGGGGCAGCACCAUGAGCUCUGGUGGGGGAAACACCAACAACAGCAACAGCAAGAAGAAGAGCCCAGCCAGCACCUUUGCCCUGUCCAGUCAGGUACCUGAUGUGAUGGUGGUAGGCGAGCCCACGCUGAUGGGGGGGGAGUUUGGGGAUGAGGACGAGCGGCUCAUCACCCGGCUGGAGAAUACGCAGUUUGACGCCGCCAACGGCAUCGAUGAUGAGGACAGCUUCAACAACUCGCCGGCACUGGGGGCCAACAGCCCCUGGAACAGCAAACCGCCCUCCAGCCAGGAGAGCAAGUCAGAGAACCCCACGUCACAGGCGUCGCAGUAACGGCCCCCCCACUGCCCCGUGGACUCAGUCCCAACCGAUCUACCUGUACAUUUGCAACGGAGAGUGACUGGGAAGCGGCGAGGUAUCGGGGGGCAGAUCGGCGCUGCAGGGUGCACAGCCCAGGGUGGGCAGCCCCCAACCCUCUCCCCCUGCCGCCUCCCUGCUCCUCUCACACCUGCCUCCCCACUGGACCCCAGGGCAGGGGUGGGUUUCUGGGGCCGUAGCUUCAUUUUUCCCUCUUCUUUCUCUUCCUUCCUGCUUCUUCCUCGGGGAGCCUCUCAUCCUCACCCCGACGUGCCCAGACCCUGCCUGCUGAGCCGGGGAAAUUAGGAGGGAGGUGUUGGCAGUGGCUGGCAUGACUGGGAAGCUGGCAGUGUGCAGAUGUUGUAUGUUGGGAUCUGGCACAGCCCAGAGACCCUCCUCCCUGGGUCCCAGAGCUGGGGAUUGCUGGGCAGCCACCUGCGAUGGGGUUGCACAUCCCCAGCCAAUCUGGGGCUGGCAGAGGGGAUAAGUGGUGUUGGAAAGGCUUCCCCAUGCCACCAGCUCUGCCACAGAGCCUCCUCUGGCCCGAGUCGGAUCCUGCUGUGCUGGGGUGGUGUUGAGGAUAGGGCCCUGCCGCGUUUCCCUGCUCUCCUGCACCCUUCCCUUUCCCUCGCUCUCCAGGGACGAGAGUGCAGCAGGGCGGGGGGGGCUCUGUAUAUAGGAAUUGCGUGGGAGGGGGCUGGGGGGGCUUGGAGGACCCACAGCUCGGCCAGAGCAGCUGAGCCGGUGCCGUCGCUCCCUCCCACAGCCCUUGUGUUUCGCCUCUGCCCCACGUGGGUCUGCCUGGGGCUUCUUUGCACCCCCCAGCUCCCAGUACCUCCUACUUUUGUCUUUUUUUAAGAAAAAAAAAUAAUAUUAUUAAAAUUGUAAGAAAAGAAAAAAAAAAAUGGGAAAAGUCCCCCCAGCCCCCUCGCCGGUUCCCCUCUCUCUGCCCUGUGCCCUCUCCCCCUGUCCUGACUUUUGUACAGGCUUCUUCUCUUGGGAGUCUCAUUUUAUAUCCAGUUCGGAGAGCUUCAAACCAAGGAGAGACUUUGCAGACUUCCUUUCUAAUCCCUCCAGGGGCCGGGGGGAGCAGCCCCCCGCCUCCCUCCUCAAUGUAAAUCUUGUGUGCUGUUGUCCCCGCUCCCCCCGCCUCGGGUUUGUGUACCUCGUGCUUGUACAUUUCCGCGCUGUAGACAGUGUGUACGAUACUGUUCUUUCAAUGUGUUAUCACUAGAGCAGGUGCCUCCAUUGAUGUUAGGGGAAAUGAUGAGAAAGAUAAUAAUUUUGGGGGUUUUUUUGUUUUAAAAAAAAAAGAAAAAAGAAAAAAAAAAUCCCUUCCAAGGCUUCUUCAAAGGAGAAGACGGGAGGUGCCGGGGAAGGGUGUUUGUGCUCACCAGCUCACCCCAGCAGCCUCGGAGGGGGAGCCUGGGGGGUGCUGGGAGUUGGGGCUGCCCACGGCCCCCCCACCGAUGUGGCCCCAAGGUGGGGUUGCAGCAAGCGCUGCCCCGGGGGUGGUCAGGAUGAGGCAGCUGCCCCGGGGGGGGACAUGCGUGUGCGCGAGAGUGCGUGUGCGAGAGGUUUAUGUGUCUGUCUGUGCGUCUGCAAGGGAACCCGGGGCAGAUGGAGCAGCCCUACGGGUUGGGGGAAGAGGGGACCUCCCCAACUCCCUGCCGGGGAUCCCACAGCGUGUGUCCUGCUGCCCUGUGGGGUUGGGGGCUGGCUGGUGUCGCUGAGGGGCUCCCCCCGCUGCGGGGGGCUCUCACUGCAGCAGCGGUGUUGCCUGCACCCCAUUGAAUCGCCUGCCUGUGGCUGAGACCGCAGGGGGUGGCUGAGCUCUGUGGGGGGGGACACCCACCCUGUGUCCCCCCUCUUUCUGCUGUCCCCGGGGUCAGGCUUGGAGACAGGAGCCCCUUGGCUCAGCCCUGGCCUGAUCUCAGCCUCAAAUCCCCAGAGGGUCACCUGCGUCAGCCCCCGGGCCCCUCUGGGUGGAGGGCUCAUCCCUGCCCCCCCAGCUGCCGGCACGGGGGUCCCCUCGGCCCCUUUGCAGGUGGAGGGCAGGCGGGAGGGUGGGAGCCCGGUGUGGCAAGGAGGGGGCUCUGCUUUGCAAUUAAGGUACGAUUCUCUUUGCCAGGCUCCCACGGUGGGUGUGGAGCCCCUCGCCCCUCCCCUCC